AUGUUGCCUUGCAGGAAGACCAUUGUCCCGUAUGGCUCUCAUUGGUACCUGUAUGGCGACUUGAAAGGACUAGGCUACCUGGCAACAUCCUUUCCGGGUCUAGGAAAUGAGGUCAUCAUAGCAGUGCUUCACAAAAUCGAGAUCUCUAUGGACUUGGCUUUCAUUAUGAAGAUACGUCCCAGUGAGCACUGUGCUAUCCGCAGUUUGUGUGCAUCUCUUCACCAAAUCUGCGUUGCUCCUCUUGUCAAUAUCAUUGAUUCGUGGAAUCAUUCGAAUGCUUGCGAGGCAUAUGGAUUCGGCCCCUUAUAUAUAUAA